AUCAUUGAACGCAGCUAAAACCAAACCAAAUUCAAUUCAUGGUUUGUAGUGACGAAUUGUUGAAUUAGCUAUUAUAUUUAGUGAAUUUCUAAGCCUUAAGAUACAAUAAGUGAAUCGAAUAAGUUGUAUUCUAGUAAUAAAUAUCGAUAGAAUAAUGGCGGACGUUGCGAAAAAGGAGUACAAAGAUUCUCUCAAGCAGAAGGCCGAGCAUUUAAUAAUAAAAGGUUUCCCUGAGAAGAUAGUGAAGUUGAAUGAACUUCUCGAAACGUCAAAUUUCCAAAAUCGAGAUUUCGCCGAUGUUCAUCAGGACCUAAACAUUCCAGUACCACCGCCUACCGCCUCCCAAAAUGAACCGCAAGCCAAGAGACCUAGAGUGGACUCCUCGGAGACCUCCAGCCACUCGAGCUUCGACGGGACUAGAGUGUACGCGCUGCCGAACGGCUCCGUUCCAUGUAACAAGCCUCUCAGCGACCUCAUACAUCUUGUUAAACCACACAUUCGGGAGCUUGUCGAGGACUCCAAUUUGUUGAAAAUGUGGAUCUCCUUCAUGAUCCCAAAGAUCGAAGACGGCAACAACUUCGGCGUGUCAAUACAAGAGGACACGUUAGCGGAGAUCCAGUCGGUCGAAUCCGAGGCGGCGGCGUUCUUCGACCAGAUCUCGCGGUACUUCAUCUCCAGGGCGAAGAUUGUGUCCAAAGUGGCCAAGUAUCCACAUAUUGAUGACUACAGAAGAGCUGUUAGAGUGAGUAGAUUUGUAUAAUAUUGUUAUUGUAUU